GAUAUAUUUAUCAUCUGGAUUAGAGUAUAAUCUAGAAUUAUUACUGUUUGGUAGCCUGUCCCCUUUUAAAGGAACUGGCACAUUAAAAGAAGAGUGUAAAAAGUAUACUAAGCGAAGAGAAGUAGCAACUGAAUUAUCAAGAAACAUAUUAAUUUGUGGCGUCAUAAACCUUGUACUUGCACCGGCCAUUCUUAUAUGGCAGUUCUUAUAUGAGUAUGUGACAUAUUCUGGUAUUGUUCGUCAUGAACCUGGCUCUUUAGGCAUGAGAAAGUGGUCAGCAUAUUCGAAAUUGUAUCUUAGGCAUUUUAAUGAAUUAGAUCAUGAAUUGAAUGCUAGAUUAAGCAGAGCAUACAAACCUGCAAGGGAAUAUAUGAGAUGCUUUUCAUCCCCAUUACUAGUAAUAAUUGCUAGAGGUCUUGCUCAAAUAACAGGAUCUGUGGUUGUUUGCUUAAUAAUUUGGGGUCUUGUGAAAGAAAAAAUAUUGCUGUUUAAUUUUGUGAUAAUGUUAAUUGGAUUUGGAACAAUCCUUUUCAUGUGCUUGUCAUCUUUUGUGCCUGAUGAGAAUGCAGUAUUCCUACCUAAUCAGCUGAUGCAAAAGAUGAUAGCAGAUGUUCAUUAUGUGCCAGAUCACUUCAAAAAAUUGGCUCAUACGUCCAUUGUUAGAGAUGAAUUAAGUCAUCUUUUCCAAUAUAAAUUUACCUAUCUUUUAGAAGAAUUGUUUAGUCCUUUAAUUACUCCUUAUAUACUUAUAUUUCAUCUGCGACAUAGAGCUUUAGAUAUUGUGGACUUUUUUCGAAGUUUUACUGUGGAUGUUGCAGGAGUUGGGGAUGUUUGUUCAUUUUCCUUAAUGGAUGUAACAAAACAUGGCAAUCACAAUUGGCUGAGUCAAGGGCAUACUAAAGCAGAUCAGUACCAACAAGCAGAAGAUGGGAAAACUGAACUUUCUUUGAUUCAUUUUACGUUAAUGAAUCCACACUGGCAGCCUCCUCCAUCUUCAAAUAUGUUUAUACAGGAUUUUAAAGAGCAAGUUAAUGUUGCAAGAGAGCAGUGUACUAAUAUUGGAAAUCCAUUUUACAAUUCACUUAACUCAUUGUCAUCUUUGGGAAUUCAAUAUGCAAGUUUAGUGAAUAGUCUUCAUCAAUCUGCUCACCAGAGUCAUCCAGGUCCUAAUAGUUUUAUUAAUUACGGAGUUUCUUCAGAAAGAAUACCAAUCACUGGAGUAACUUGUGCAGAAGGACCCCCCUAUCUUGUAGAAGGAGGUCUUUUAACUGGUCUUUGUGGUAUAAAUGUGAAUGGUGAAGUUGGAGAAGUUUGUUCUUUACCUAAUGAUUUGAACCCUAUUCAAAUAAGAGCUGCAGAUAUGAGUCUUAGUGCUUUAUACAUGCAUGAGGUUCAUAAUAGACAACUGCAGUCAUGUGGAGCUCAAGGUGAUAGAACGCAAAGUACAAAUCAGCAGGAAGAAAAUAAUGGGAAUGAAGAAUCACCAUUAUUGGAAAUAAUAACGUCUAAUUAUACUCAGUGAGAAAUGUUUUCAUGGAUAUUCUAUAGUAUUGAAAAAAAAAAAUUCUUACUCCUUCCACGGCAUUAUGAUUAUACUUGAAGUAAUUUUCAAAAAUUAGUCAUGUCAGAUUAAUUAAUUUAUCAUGCUGCAUGUGUGUAAUUAAAAUUAUCUCAUUCUUGUAUCUACAUUUAUUUGAACUAUAAUUAAGAAAAAUAUUGUUUGUAUAAUAAUGAAUUUUCUAAUACUUUUUAAUCACUGUUCUGUAUAUUAUGACAAAAGAGAAUCAUUCAGAUAAUCUUAUUCUUUGCUGAGUUAUAUUCUCAUAACUUUUAUGAAGACUCUCUUAGAUUCAGUGUGUGAUAAUAGAUGGCAUUAUGUGGAAUGUUUUAAAAAGCUUAUUUUUUAAUGAAAGUGAUAUUAAAGUUUAUAUACUUCUGUUAUAAAAAUAAGUUAUUUUUAUUUUUUGUUUGUUUGUGUAUGUUUAUAAUUUAUUUACUUGAAGUGUGUAUCCAAAUAUCUUAAACUUUAUUGAUUUAAUUAAAAAUCAAUGAAUUUAGUUGAAUUACAUCUGUAUGGAAAUUCAUUCUGAUUUUUAAUUAUUUAGUAAUAUUUGAAAAUUUUAUUUUUUAAGUUAUAUGAAACAUAAUGAAAAACCAUGGUUAUGUUUUCAAAUGUUCCUUGAUUGUUAAUGAGUGUGUAGUUUUAAGAAAAUACACGUAAAUUCAGCUGCUAAUUGUAUUUUAAUGAUUUUGUUAAAAUUUUUAAAGAACUUUAAUGUUAACCUUCCAAGCAACCAUGCCAUAUAUAUUCAAAAUUAUGUUUCAUAAUAGUGCAUUUAAAUGCAGCUGCUGAAUGUAUUUUAGUGAUUUUCUGUAAAUUUUUAAAGAAUUUUUAUGUUAAUUUUCCAAGCAACCAUGCGAUAUAUAUAUAUAUAUAAAUAUUCAAAAUUAUUUGUCUUGAUACCUUUAAAUACUUAGACAUGUAUCUUCAAAUGUAUCCAGGCAAUUAAGGGGGUAUAUAUAUAUAUGUGUGUGUAGAGUCAAAAGUCGUUAAUCCGGACUCGUCGGGACUUCGGCGAUUCCGAAUUAUCGAUUUUUCUGGAUUAUAGAUCAUCAGUUUAAAUCUGUUAAGAUGGC